CCCUUUUCCAUACUGCUUUCUGAUUGGGUUAUUCCUAUCACGUGAUCCAGAAGUGAAAGGAUUCUGGUUUUUCGGGAGGUGAACCUGAAGCCAUCAUCAUGCAGAGCACAGCCAACUACCUGUGGCUCAUCUCAGACCUGCUGGGCCAGGGAGCUACAGCUAACGUCUACCGUGGCAGACACAAGAAAACGGGGGACCUAUAUGCGGUGAAGGUGUUCAACAACCUCAGUUUCCUGCGACCACUCGACGUCCAAAUGAGAGAGUUUGAGGUCCUGAAGAAACUCAACCAUAAGAACAUCGUCAAGCUGUUCGCUGUGGAGGAGGAGUCCAACACCCGUCACAAGGUUCUGGUGAUGGAGUAUUGUCCCUGUGGGAGUCUGUAUACGGUCCUGGAGGAGUCUUCUAACGCCUACGGACUCCCUGAGGAUGAGUUCCUUAUCGUGCUACAGGACGUGGUAGCCGGUAUGAACCAUCUCAGAGAGUACGGCAUCGUGCACCGUGACAUCAAACCAGGCAACAUCAUGCGCGUCAUCGGCGAGGACGGGAGGUCCGUCUAUAAGCUGACUGAUUUCGGAGCAGCCAGAGAACUAGACGACGAUGAGCAGUUUGUCUCUCUUUACGGCACUGAGGAAUAUCUGCACCCUGACAUGUAUGAGCGUGCAGUGCUGAGGAAAGAGCACCAGAAGAAGUAUGGUGCAACGGUUGACCUGUGGAGCAUCGGAGUCACCUUCUUCCACGCUGCCACCGGGUCCCUCCCCUUCAGACCCUUCGAAGGACCACGCAGGAACAAGGAAGUCAUGUAUAAAAUCAUCACAGAGAAGCCGUCAGGAACCGUCUCUGGGCAGCAGAAGUUUGAGAACGGGAAGAUUGAGUGGAGCACAGAGAUGCCUGUCUCCUGCAACCUGUCCAAGGGCCUCCAGAGCUUGCUGACCCCAGUCCUAGCCAACAUCUUGGAGGCUGACCAGGAGAAGUGUUGGGGCUUUGACCAGUUCUUUGCUGAGACCAGUGAUAUCCUGCAUCGUACCGUGGUGUUGGUCUUCAGUCUACAGCAGGCUACUCUCCACUACAUCUACAUCCACCAGUACAAUACGGCGACUCUCUUCCAGGAGCUGUUGUCUCGUCGGUGCAGUAUCCCGGUCCAUAACCAGGAGCUCUUGUACGAGGGGCGACGCCUACAGCUUGAGCCCAACCGCCAAGCCCAGACCUUCCCGCGGACCUCCAGAGACAACCCCAUCAUGCUGCUCAGCAGAGAGUCCGUAGCUACAGUGGGGCUCAUCUUCGAGGACCCGAGUCCUCCUAAAGUCCAGCCUCGCUACGAUCUGGACCUGGAUGCCAGCUAUGCCAAGACGUUUGCAGGAGACGUGGGCCACCUGUGGAAGACCUCAGACUCCCUGUUGGUUUGUCAGGAGCUGGUCAGGAAGGGAGUCAGGGGACUGAUUGAGUUAAUGAAGGAGGACUACAGCGAGAUGAUACAUAAGAAGUCAGAGGUCAUCCACGUCUGUCACUACUGCGCUCAGAUCCUGGAGAGGACAGAGCAGCUGUACGAGGUGUUAAUGCAGGCCAAUAUGUUGUCGUCGUCAGAAUACGAUGAGAUCUCAGACAUGAGGAAGAAAAUAGUCCUUAUCUCUAACUCCAUAGUCCCCAUGGAGCAGACGGUUCAGGACAUCAAGAGUAAGUUCCUGUCAGGUGGUGUUCUGACGGACAGCUGGACUCAAGCUGGAACACACCCUGAAGACAGGAAUGUUGAAAGGAUCAAGGUUCUCCUGGACUCCAUUACAGCCAUCUACCACCAGUUUAAGGAACAAAUACACAACAAAUUUGACAAACAGAAGCUGGUGUUCCAUGCCACCAAGGCCAGGUCUCUGUUUACAGAGGAGUGUGCCAUGAAGUACCGCCUCUUCAUCUCUAAGAGCGAGGAGUGGAUGAGGAAGGUGCAUCAUGUGAGGAAGCAGCUGAUUGGUCUAACCAGCCAAUUCAACAGCGUGGAGAAAGAAGUUUCCAUGGUGAUGGAUAGAGUUAUUAAGCUACAGGAGCAGUUACCUGGUAAGGUGCUACCUCUGGCAUCCAGUGGUAUGGUGAAGCCUCAAGCCUACCUCAGCCAGAGCACCUUGGUAGAGAUGACCCUGGGGAUGAAGAAGCUGAAGGAAGAGAUGGAGACCAGUGAGUUAAGGAGUUGA